AUGAGCAACGAGACAGAAGUUAACAGGUAUCCCGGGAUGGGCCCCAUCUCACUGGUGGAGGUGAUCCGGACCGACGCGAGGUUUGCGGAGUUGUGGAAGCGACUAUCGCUGUUCCAGCAGGGCAGCGUCGAGUUCUACAAGGAGCUGUACGACAACAUGCCGCUGUUCGCUGGGAUGGACGGCAUGGCGCUGUCCGCGCCUGUGCCGGGGUCCGGGAAGAAGGGCUACAGUCCUGUGUUCCGCAAUGUGCUUGUGCCGGAGGGCAAGCUGCUGUCCGCAAUUGACGAGGGUGUGGACACGGGGUAUCACGUGUUCAAGCUGUCUGCGCGCAUGUACCCCGACAACCACUGUCUGGGGAUGCGGGCGUACGACGAGGCAACGGGCAAAUGGCUGGACGAAUACCGCUGGGAGACUUACAGCCAGGUGGAGCGCCGCGCGGAGAACCUGGGCGCGGGGCUGUUGUCGGUUGUGAAUGUCAAGCGCAGCAAGCCACUGGACACAAAUGACUUCAUUGUGGCGAUGAUGUCUGCGAACAGCAAGGAGUGGGUUCUGACCGACCUGGCAUGCCAGACGUUCUCGCUGGUCAACACGGCGCUGUACGAGACGCUGGGGCCCAACACGUCCGAAUACAUUAUGAACCUGACUGAGUCACCUGUAGUCGUGGUUUCGAAGCCCAACCUGCUCAGGAUCUUCGCGCUGGCCUCGAAGUUGCGCGCGCUCAACACGAUCGUGAUAAUGGACGAUAUGGACCUCCAGGAGGUGGACCGUCUCGCCUCGUUGCUUCCCGUCACCAAGAACGCGAAGGGCGAAACGAUUUCCGUACUGACUUUGCGGCAGGUGGAGAAAAUUGGCGAGUUGAACAACAUUGCGCCGAUCCCGCCCAGCCCAGAUUCCUUCCACACUAUCUCGUUUACCUCUGGUACAACCUCUUUGCCGAAGGGUGUUCAGCUAACGCACCGCGCUUACUGUGCUGCGCUUGCCUUUGCCUGCUCACAUGUGCGUUGUGAGCCCAACAAGCAGAGGUACGCUUUAUGUCUCUUGCCAUUGACUCAUAUUUACCAGCGCCAAAUGACUGGACUCAAUCUCAUGCACGCUUUCGGGAUUGGGUUUUUGCAUAAACCUAACCCUGAUCUCUUUAUAGAGGCCAUGUGUGUGCUUCGGCCCGCGAUGGUUUCCUUAGUUCCUAGAGUGUUGACUAAAUUGGAGGCAGGGAUUAAGAACUCUAUCCAGGGUGCGGACGUCUCGACGUUUAAGCGUAAGCUUGCUAAGACGGUCAUAGACGCCAAGGACAAACGCUUCAGUGCCGUUAGCGGCCCCGACGACUCUUACAUGAACAGGUUUAUCUACCGUAAGAUAUUUGUGGACAAGAUUCGUGAUAAGCUGGGCUUCACCAACGUACCUCUGGUCACCACCGGGUCUGCGCCUAUAUCACCGGAGACCUUGAGGUUUAUUCAAUGUGCCAUGGACAUAGGUAUUCUGCAAGGUUAUGGAUUAACCGAGACAUUCGGCGGUAACUUCCUCAGUGUCCCAUACGAGACUGACUGUGGUUCAUGCGGUCCGCCAGCGAUGACCACUGAAGUCAGAUUGCGCGAUGUGCCAGGUAUGUCGUACAACGCCGAGAAGGACCACAUGGGCGAGGUCGUUGUCAGAAGUCAGCAACAAUUUGAGAGGUACUACAAAAUGCCAGAGAAGACGGCCGAAGUUCUCGAUAAAGAUGGCUGGUUUUCCACAGGUGAUGUCGGUUACAUUGACAAGAAGGGUAGACUCUUCAUCACAGAUAGAGUGAAGAACAUUUUCAAAUUAUCGCAGGGUGAAUACAUUGCUCCAGAGAAGGUAGAAAACUGCUACUUAUCUUCCUGUCCAUUCAUCACCCAGAUAUUUGUACACGGAAACUCCCUCAACAACUACUUGGUUGGGGUCGUGGGUAUCGACGUGGUUCCUUUUAAGGCCAUCCUCGACAGUCGUACUUCAAAGUGGUCCAAGCUGCCUCUUGAGGAGGUAAUCCCUACCAUCAACAAGGAUCCGGCUUUGAAGCAGUUGACACUGAAAAUUAUUAACAGCUUUGUUACUGCUGAGCUACAAGGAUUUGAGAAGAUUGGAAACCUCUACGCCGAUGUUGAGCCGCUCUCCGUAGAUGGUGAAACCCUGACGCCAACCUUUAAGGUCAAACGUGAAGUUUGCACCAAGGUCUUCAAGGAUAUCCUUUCCAGCUUGUACGAUGAAGGACAUAUCUUGAAGGCAGGGAAGCUCUGA